AUCUCUUUCCUCCUGGUCAUUAUGCAUUGGGUUAAAAGGAGGACAUUUAACAUUUAUUGUAUGCCAAACAGUGCUAGGCCAUUCCGCAUGUUAUCUUAUUUAAUCCUCAUAAUUUAUCUGUGAAAUAUUUUCUAUUGUCCCCAUUUAUAAUUCCAAGUUGUUUGAAUUUUUUUUUAACCUUCCCAGACUUUAUAUCUGCUACCUCUCUGCCUAGAAUAGUGUUAUGCCUCCUUUUCGCAUAAUGAAUGCCUACUUAUUCCUCAGAGCUCAUCUCAGAUGCUACUAUUUUAAGGAAGCCUUCCCAGUCCCCUAGGUUUGUUUCCCUAUUAAACUGAUCAAAGGCUUGAAUUCCCUAUUACACUUCACUGAUCAAAGUGCACUGAUCUCAGUAGCACAAAUAACAAUGUGAUUAGUCAUUUAAUAUCUGUCAUUUCUGCUGAAGUGUAAGCUUCAUGAGCACAGUAACUGUGCCUGUAUCAUUUUUCUAUGUUACUUGUAGUGCCAACUAUAGUUCCUUGUUCAGUAAAUUAUUAUUAUAUGAUUAUGGCAAAUAAAUUCCAUAAACAGAAGUUGAACACUGGUCCACUGUAACUUCAAAACCUUCCUUUAAAUUGUACCAUAUGCAGAACCUAAGAAGUCAAGGAAGUAUUUCUUAAUAAAAUUACUCCAGAGGCUCUUCCUGAACUCUAUUUCAGUUCUAGAUUGGCUACCUAACGAUAAAAGUUAAGCAUUAAUUUUAUGUGGUUAGGGUGUGGUCUGAGAUAGAGAACCUGAAGUCUUUAAAGUCUCCCAAGUUCCAAGUAGGUAAUCCCUUCUGAGAAGUCCCACCUUUCUGAGCAGCUGUGUUUGAAGAAAGCUAGUGGGAAAAGUUCCAGGAUUACAUGUCAGGAAACUACAAGAGCUAGAAACAUUUGUUGAUUUACCAGUGUUUUUAACUUCCUGCUGGGCUGAAAACUGCUUGUUUUGUGGAAAAGCAAAACUUGACAGCAAACAUCUAAAAUGAAGAGCUCCCAAACUUUUGAGGAACAAACGGAAUGCAUUGUGAACACUCUACUCAUGGACUUCUUGAGCCCAACAUUGCGGGUUGCCAACCGGAACCUAUGCUGUGAAGAUGAAGUAGAUUCAGGAGAGCCUUGUUCUUUUGAUGUGGCUAUCAUUGCUGGUCGCCUUCGGAUGUUGGGUGACCAGUUCAACGGAGAAUUGGAAGCUUCUGCCAAAAACGUCAUUGCAGAAACCAUUAAGGGACAGGCAGGAGCUAUACUCCAGAACACAGUGGAAUCUCUCAGCAAGACCUGGUGUGCUCAGGAUUCCAGCUUAGCUUAUGAGAGAGCUUUUCUGGCAGUGUCAGUGAAACUUCUUGAGUAUAUGGCUCACAUUGCUCCUGAAGUAGUGGGACAGGUGGCUAUCCCCAUGACGGGUAUGAUCAAUGGGAACCAAGCCAUCCGGGAGUUCAUCCAGGGCGAGGGAGGUUGGGAAAAUCUGGAGAGCUGAAGAGGUGGAGCUAUUCACAAGACUGAACACUUCCUUGUUGACUGAUUGGGUGAUUGAUUCCUGGGAAUUCAAACAAACAAAAAAAAACUUUUUUCAUUUUAUCAGAACUGAACUUAGCUGAAUAAGUUAUUUUUUACUGAUUGUUAAAGUUGGGAGCAGCUGCCAGAGGCCUACAGAGUUGGUUUUUGUUUUGUUUUGUUUUGUUUUGUCAACUUAAUGCAAACCACAGAGAUUUUCUACUUUCUGUUUUCACAUGAGUUUUAAUGAGGUUCUGUUGAAGCAAAGACCCCUAGACAUGAAGUAAUGACUUGUUAGUAGUGGAAUUAUAAGCAAUAGGGCAGGCCUUUGCUGGAGGUAUUUUGAGAGAAAGGGAGAACAAUGGAAACUAUUUCUUCAGAUGUAGCCCUGUCUUUUGGUAAGAAUUGUGCCUACUAAUUUUGCAAUUUAAAGGAUUUCAGGAAGCUUUUUGGUUGAAAAAUCUUUUUUUUUUUUUAGAUGGAGUCUCACUCUAUCGCGCCAUUGCACUCCAGCCUGGGCUACAAAAGCGAAACUGUCUCAAAAAAAUAAAGAAAGAAAGAAAAUAAAUAAAGUUAUGCUUUUUCCUCUAUUCCUAGUUAAAUCACAACAGGUUAGUAAUCCAUAAAUGAUGUGUCCUGUUUCUCUUUAGUAGAAAUUAUAUUUUUGGCUACCAGUUAAGAAACUUGUACUCCUUUGUCCCUUAUGUUACUAUAAACUCAAGAUGAUGAGUUUUGUGGUAUUUGACUUCAUAGGCAAAAUCAAAAUUUUUACUUUGUUGCUAUUCUGUUUUAUGAAAUAAACUUCUGUCUAUGCAUUUGAACUAAGUUUCAGCAAAUUCAAUCUAAAUUGAAUAAUUUCAGCUCCCUGUUUUAUCCUAUGUUGCUCGUAAAACAGUUCCAAGUAUACUGCAUUAUCUUGAGAUUUGAAGAUAUGGUGCCCACGGGGAUUAUACUAGGCAAAUGCGUUAAGCAGCUCCGGCCUAGGUGUUGUGUAUUUUAGGACACUCUAUCUUAGGAGAGCUUAAGCAAUUGGGCUGCAGGAAGAAGACAUUGUAACCCAGGAAUUAAAAAUGGAUUCAGAUUGCCUGAUUUUAACACUUUAGUUUCACCAUAGGCUAAUUAUGUGACACUGGGCAAGAGACAUAAUUUUUCUGUACCUUAGUUUCUACAUUUGUAAAAUAGAGAUAAUUUGGUAACUUAUUAAUAAGAUUUUUGUGAGAGAUAAAUAAAACAAAUACACUUUGUAAAGGGUGAGUGCUUGGAAUAUUUUAAACACUGUGCCAUUAGCAAUUUGGAAUUCUAUAUUAUGCAGUUCAUAAGGUUCUAGCUUGACUUUUUUCUCUCUCCAUUAACCCUGUCUCUCACAGAUGCAAACCACUCCUAAUGGCUUUACUUUCACAUCAAUGUGAGUGAUUCCUAAAUAUGAUUUAUUUCCCUUCUCAAUUCCAUACGCACAGAUGCUUAUUAUUUAUUUAUGUGUACCUUUCUUAUCCCCAUACUCUCCCUGUUUGCGAUACAACUAGCUCAAAACCUCAGUCAUUUUUACCUUGUAUCUCUCUCUCCAGUCCAACUCACCCAACUAGUUUUUCUCAUUUGUUGCUUCCUUUUUGUCCUGGUUCUUCUACCAGAUUUAUUAGCAACUGCCUGGACUAUUAAUAAAGCCUCCUACUUAGGCUUUCAAUAGAUUGUUCUGUUCCUGCUCCAUUCCAGUCUGUCCUAUAUACUGCCAUCAGAUUGAUCAAAGCUGUGGUUUCUUUGUCUAUUGUUUUGCUUCAUUUUUAGAUAUGGUAUCAUUCAUUUUUAAAUUUAACAUACCAAUGAAGAUUACAAGACUUAAACAUCUUAUCAGAAGGGGGCAUUUAUUUUUUAAAUCAAGAAAUAACUUUCCAAAAGCAUUAGCUUUGAAUGUCAUUCUCUUAAAGUCCUUCAGUGGAACUUUUGAGUGUGAUUAGAUAUGUUCAUUAUCUUGAUUGUGGUGAUUUUAUGGGUGAUGAUUUCACACCAACUUAUCAAACUGUAUACUUUGAAAUGUGUAAUUUAUUGUACAUCAGCACUACCUUAAUAAGGUUGUUUAAAAAAAAAAAAACCUUCAGCGGCUCCCUACUGUUCAUCAAAUAAAGCCUGACUUUCAGUCUGAUAUUCAAAUUCCCCCAGUAUCUGACCCUAACUGCCCUAUAUAGCCUUUAUCAAUCAUGAUUCUCCUCUAUAAUCCCAAUGCUCUAGUAAAACCGAGCCAGUCACUAAAGCUGCCCUCCUCCUACUGUUCUCUAUGUUUCAUAUUGCUUUUUCUGAGGCUCUGCCUGUAGACAUCUUCAAGACCCAGCCCACCUGUUACUUUCUCCAUGAAGGCUAUCUGUAUAACCAGAACAAGAAGUGGUCUUUGCCUCCUUGAACUUUUGUUUGUACCACUUUCAUGUUUCUUAUCCAAAAAAUGGCCUUAAGUUGUAAUUAUCUGUAUAGUCAUCUUCCCCACUAGGAUAAAGGAUCGCUGAAUGAUACAAUUUGUUGUAUACUUCUGUAACACCCCUCCUCUUCAUUAUCUGGCAUGUACAUCGAUAUUAAAAAUAUUCAUUAAAUGAAUGAAUAACUGAUUGACU